AUGCAGAGCUCACAUAAGAAACCCAGAUACGAAGGAACUCCCAUAUACCAACUUCCAGCACCACAACCAUGGUCACCACCACCGUCACCACCGCCGCCACGAUUAACCCGAGAGCAAGAGGUUUCUGUCAUGGUAGCCGCUCUGACAAACGUCGUAACAGGCGGAGCUGCCAUGGACACCACCAGUACCAUAACAUCACCACCUUCCCCUAGCCUGUUGUCCAGUAUUGGUCAUGGAGAAACAGUUUUUCAUCUCUCUGAGCCAGACACAACUUGCCAGUUCUGCAAGAUUAGGGGUUGUUUGGGUUGCGACUUUUUCGGGCCGACAAUGAAGGAUAAGAGGAAUAAUGGCAAUGGGAUCAAGAAAAAGAAGAAGAAUUACAGGGGUGUUCGGCAGCGGCCUUGGGGGAAAUGGGCGGCAGAGAUUCGAGACCCGAGAAAGGCAACUCGGGUCUGGCUCGGGACGUUUGAGACCGCCGAAGAUGCAGCCCGGGCUUACGACCGGGCUGCCAUUGAGUUCCGCGGGCCAAGAGCAAAACUCAAUUUCGCUUUUGCUGAUUACUCUUUGGGUACUCAACAGAGUGAACAGUGUCAUCAGCAACAGCAACAUCUGGAGAGAGAAUUUCCAGGAAGAAAUGAGAUUUCCAAUGGAAUGGAAAAGGAAAUUGAGAAGGAAAAGGAAUUCUGGGAAGUGAUUGGCGAAGAUGAGAUUCAAGAAUGGAUGGUGAUGAUGGAUUUUCAUGGUGAUUCAUCGGAUUCUGGGAAUGGAACUGUUCACAUUGCCUGGGAAUAG